AUGUUCGGAGGAGUCGAGUCCGAUCUCGAAAAAGCCCCCCAGGUGGGCAAAACGCCCAUGGAUGACAGCAGCGAUGGCGCUGUCCCCGGGGAGAGUUUUAUGUACGGCAAUUCGCUGUACGCUAAGCUGCAACGGUUGGCGGGGAAGCUCAAUAUUGAGCAGCGAGGUGUCGAACGUGUCCCGGACAAUGAACGGACUGACACGUCGUACUUCAAUAUCAGCAGCAUGUGGCUGGCGGCCAACAUGGUGAGCAGUUCUUUCGCUAUCGGCGUGCUUGGUUACUCCACCUUCGCUCUCGGCUUCGUCGAUGCCAUCCUCGUCUGCUUCUUCUUCAACCUGCUGGGUGUCUUGACUGUCUGCUGGUUCUCCUGCUUUGGUCCCGCCUUCGGUCUGCGCCAGAUGGUGCUUUCCCGGUUCUGGUUUGGUUACUGGCCUACCAAGAUCAUUGCUCUUCUGAACGUUCUCUCCUGUUUGGGCUGGUCCGCCGCCAACUCCAUCGUCGGCGCCCAGCUUCUCAAUGCUGUGAACUCCGACGUUCCUGGAUUUGCAGGCAUCUUGAUCAUCGCCAUCUGCACCCUCUUCGUCACCUUCGCCGGAUCAAGGUCGUCCACUUGUACGAAUACUACAGCUGGAUCCCCACCUUCAUUGUCUUCAUGAUCGUGUUCGGAUUGUUCGCCCACUCCGGUGACUUCAGAAACCUCCCCAUGGGAACUGGAACCUCUGAGCUCGGCUCUUGCCUGUCUUACGGUGCGACUGUCUAUGGUUUCGCCACUGGCUGGACCAGUUACGCCGCCGAUUACACCGUCUACCAGCCCGCGAACCGCAGCCGCCGCAAGAUCUUCUUCGCCGCCUGGGGAGGUCUGAUCCCCCCUCUUCUCUUCACCCAGUUCCUGGGUAUUGCCGUCAUGACCGCCACUUCCAUCAAUGGCGGAGACAACAAGUACGCCCGUGGUUAUAGCGAGUCUGGAAACGGAGGUCUUCUGGGCGCUGUCCUUGACCCCGUCGGCGGAUUCGGCAAGUUCUGUCUGGUGAUUCUGUCUCUGUCCAUCAUCGCCAACAACUGCCCCAACAUCUACUCCGUCUCCUUGACCCUCCAGGUCCUGAGCCGCUACUCCCAGCGCGUUCCCCGUUUCAUCUGGGUCCUCCUUGCCUCUGGUGUCUCCAUCGCCGUCGCCAUCCCCGGUUAUUCCCACUUCGAAGAGGUUCUGGAAAACCUAAUGGACUUCAUCGCCUAUUGGCUGGCCAUCUACUCCGGUGUCGCUCUUGCUGACCACAUCGUUCGCCGUGGUUUCUCCGGAUAUCGCCCCGAGACAUAUGACAAGCCCAACAAGCUGCCCUAUGGUAUCGCCGCUUGCAUCUCCUUUGCUUUCGGUGUCGCAGGUAUGGUCACGGGCAUGAGUGAGACGUGGUACACUGGUCCCAUCGCCAAGCAUGCUGGUAAUGGUGAUGUCGGUUUCGAGUUGGCUCUUCUCUUUUCUUUCGUCGUGCAUUCCGUUCUGAGACCCAUUGAGCUGAAAAUGCUGGGUCGGUAA